AUGGAAAGUGAAAAUGAUAGAAAAACAGAGAAUGGUCUCAUGUCUGUGAAAUAUAAAGAACAAAUGAUUGAAUUAAUGUAUAAAUAUUAUUCAGCUACAGAUUUAAAAAUUGCACAAAAUCUGGAACAAUUAGCUGAUAUUUAUAAAACUCUGCAGAGACACGAUGGUGUACUUAUUAACCUCGAGAAAGCACUUGAAAUACGUCUUCAAGAAGUUGAUCCCCGUUUGUCUCCAAUUAUUGCUAUAUCUCAAAAUAUUACCAAUCUGUAUAUUAAGCAUAGACAGGACUUUCAAUCAGCAUUGCAAUAUCAACUAAUCAAUCAUAAAUAUACACUCGAAUAUAAUGAAUUAAAAUCGUCAGCGUCGAAAGAUUCGAAGGAAGAUGUGGAGGAGAGUCGAGAAAAAAUAGCUGGGAGUCACAUUGGAUUAGCUGAUCUUUAUUUAGAAUUACAGCAAUACGAUUCAGCCAUCGAACACUUAGAAAUUGCUAUGACGUUAUAUAAACAGGUUAAAAAGUCGUUUGAGAAACAAGAAGCGAUCGAAGAGAAGGUGAAGUCUAUUAAACAACAACAACAGUAA